CGGUGUAUCGACGGUGCCAGUUAGCCCGUGGGGUAGCUUCGGGGUGGAUCCAGCCGAAAGUACGGCGAGUGGGGCGCGUCAGGACGCGGGGGACGUUCGCGCGAGCGACGGUGCGUCCUCGACUUCCGCUUAAGCCCGUUCGAAUACGCUGAAAUCGAACUCGUCCGCGACGCGUCUCCGAUCGACGCGUACGCGACUCGCGUAAAUUCGCGCGACCUCUCCUCCCGUUCUUUGCGCGUUCGAGAUUUUUAAUCGAAUUCAGGAUCCGUGCUCGCGAGUGCGAUGAGAGACGAGAACGUUGCCGGAGGACGCGUCCGGGAUGGCGUUACAGGGCGAAAGGCCCGCGAACACAGAGGCUGAUAUCCGGAAAAUGGGGGAGAAUAAGAAACAUCCGUGAAAUGGAAAAUCUCGUGUUUUGACCUCAGCAAACGUUCGAACGUUCCCGGAAGUGGCUCAAUAAUUUCAACGAUGAAUCGAGAAAACGAAGAACAGCGACCAGUCUCUCAAACUGUUUGCGGGGUGUUGCAAAAGGAACCGAAUUGCAAGUGUUUGGUACUUUCUGUGUUAAUAUACGGAUGCCUUGCCGCAGUGACGUGGUGUAGAUGCGCGAAUGUCACCAAGGUUGUAAUAAACUUUUCGAGGUAUCCGAUUAGAAGUACGAGACACGUGUCUCCCUGCGACGAUGGUUACAUUUACAUUCCCGUGGCGUUCAUGGGAAUGCUGUAUCUGGUUUACCUGGUGGAGUGUUAUCAUUCCCCUAUCAGAAUCGAUCUGUUGCACGCGGAGAGUCAGGAUAGCGUGUUAUCGAAGCUGUUGCAGCUGAAGACCGCCCAGCCAACGAUUUGGUGGAAGGCAGUCUCUUACCACUAUGUCCGUAGAAAACGACAAAUUACCCGGUACAGAAACGGAGACAAUUACACUACGACGCAGGUGUACUACGAGAGAAUAAACACUCACGCCGCUACGUCCUUCUACUAUUACGACUUCUGCGGCUUGAAAGACAUCAGCAAAGAGUUGAUUCUGGAUCCGAAAGUGCCAAUCACGAAAAUCAAUCUCAGCAAAGGUUUCGCGUUCUCUAACAUGAGAUCAGCGACAGAAUUCGAGGAGGCUAGGUCGCGGUUCUUCGCAGAACAAGAGCUGAGGGACGACUAUAUGGAGAUGAGGGAAGGCCUCGAUCUCGGAUACAAUCCUAAUCCUACGACCUUGGUGGCUGUCCUUGGAAACCCAUGGUUCACGAAUCGCUAUGUGUAUUGGUGCUUUAGCGUUCUGUUGCUCAGCUGGCUUCUGAGGGUGAUCAUAGAGUACAAAACGCAAUAUGCGGACUAUCAGAUCACAAAGUUAUUCGGUAUAAACUACGACACGCCAAGCGGAAGCGAGCCGAUACACGCGUCCAUGAGCCAACAAACGAUCAGCCAACCUGGUUCGUACAUGCUGGCACCGAGUUACAGCGAGGCUCUCCUGAUGGACCCGGUGCCGGAUCAAAGGCCAGUCGAGUCCCAAGAGGCGAGCAUAAUGGAAAUGGUGCCAAGUUACUCGGAAGCGUUGCUCUAUCAGCGAGCUGAGCAAGGCUGCUCAACAAACGAGGAUGUAAACUUAAACAGCGAGGAUCUCGGUUGUCAAUACUUAACGUUGCGCGAAUGUUCGUGCUCCUGCCACGCCGUAGCCUCCACUUCCGACGCGAGGACGCCGGAAGAAGGUAGACAAGAUGGACAACCCGAAGACGCAGCCAGACAGCCGCUGAUCGAGACGACGAUCGACGUCUAUCCGCCGUCUUGCGCAUCCGUCAGCCAAACGGAGGCUGGAAAAUGCGGAAGUUGCGGGAAGUUCUUGGUCGAGGCGCAACUGGAGAACGAAUCUACCAGAGUGGAUCCUGGUACCAGUUCGUUGGAGACGACUCGAAGCGUCAGAAGAGGAAUCAUCCCGCGGGACAUGUCCGAGCCAAACCUGAGAUGUCGAUCGGAGUUGGUGGUGGACGAUACGCGGUUCCUUCGAUUGAACGGGCAAAGUUUGUGGAACAUUUUGGAGAACGAUCAGGAGGAGGAGCUCGGUAGCGACGACAGGAUACUAGACACGAGUCAGAACAAGUUCAGUGCUCCCACGUCGCGAGAGAAGUUUAGGUUCUCUCUCUGCUCGCUCGACGAGGCGAACUCUCGGUCCAGAGAGAUCGUGGACGUGAGCAAAGGCGCGAUACCCAAAAGAACGGUGGGCAGAAGCAGAGUCAUAGCGAAUCCAAUGUCGACAGAGACUUGCACGCUGCCAGACUCGAAGACCUACUUCUGUCUGAAGUCGAUUCUCAAGCAGAACAAGCGGAGGUACACGCUGAUCACUGCUCGAGAGCUUCAGAGCAUCUCCAAUCAAGAGGAGGGGUAUCUGGAGGAUUGCCGAAUCGCUCGAUCGUCGUACCACGAAGGUUGCUCCCCUGUUUACCCAUCUACGAGCAACGCUGGAGGGAAGUGCAACUUGUUCUCGCGAUCGAGAGAGAGCUUGGACAGCGUGCUGGGUAAAAGGAAGAAGCAGUUGCUGGAAUGUUUGUCCAUAGACAAGAACGAAGAUGCUCCAGCGUGCUCGAAGCGCGACAAUAACAGAAUGUUGAUAUUCGCGAGUCCCAUUCAAGAAGUCUGCCCCGGGGAUCCCUUCGGGGGCAAAGACGUGAUCCGCACGAGACAGGAAGUGGAUUCAACCCCCACGGAGGAGUCACCGAGUCACACGAUGCUCACUCAACUUGGACGAUCGUUGGCUUGCGACCGGAAGUCGUCGCGACGUAGAUUCCAAGAGUCUCGCAGGCAAUGUUACUCCGACACUCCUCAUCCCGCCUCCUUCUCCUGUCCACCAGACCGUCAACAUCCCUAUCCGUACGCGUUCUCAGCGUCCACGGACGCCGUGGACGGUAUAGACUUUAACAAAACGCAAACGACGAGUCGCGUCUACCAACAUGCAACCUCUUUUCCACCGUACGAGGGUUCGAUCGCUGUUCGUAACGAGAAAUACCCCGAUCCGCCGAUCGACGAUCGGAUUUCCGCGGAAAACGUUCCGAAAUCGCCCAACAGAGAACUGACUCGCUCGUUGACCGAAAGACGAACGAAACCAGUACGAAACGAGCCCGGUCUACGUCGGAGCUUCACCGGCAGAGUCGAGGAUUACAGAACGGAGAACAGCAAAUGGCCAAAUCUGAAUAUGGAGACGUCGUUAUAACGAAGGGACGCUCACGAACGGAGUCUAACGUAAUUGUAAAUAUCCGUCCUCACGAUUUUCACGGUUCAAGAUUCUGUAUAUACGGCGUAAAUACGAUUCACUAGCAUCGAGCCGGGCUAUUGCCCCGCUGAACGUGCCGCCUUUGCUUAAUUCGACGGUAGAUCGUUGGUUAGAUCGAGUCACCCGUUACCCGGACAGAAUGAGUACGGAGCGCCUGAAACGCUAAUCGAUGUUGUCAAUGGAAAUUACCGAGCGCUCCUAGAACGAAGAACAAUGAUAGAAAAUAGCCAAAAUGUGAAUUCGUCCGGCACCUAAAAUAUUGGUAUAAUUCUACGUGUUUUAGGAUAUUGUAAAAGCACAAUUUUAUAUCCGGCAAAUGAUGAGAAAGUCAUGAAAAAAAUGGACUGCAAGAUAUAAAAUUGUGCUUUUAUCUUCAUCAAUAUUUUAGGUGUCGAGCGAAUCCAGAUUUUAACCAUUUACUACCAUUGUCCUUUAAUCUCUAGAGGGAACCUGGGACGAGUUUCGUUCGAUCGCAAAUGCAAUUUCGCGCGUGCAAUUGAUUCGGCGUCAAUUAUACGCACACCGUAUAUAGCAUGUAAGCUUCACACACCAGUGAAGGGUUUCGAGACGAAAUUCGAAAAAGAAAAUGUACCACGGCGUACUAUUUUUAACGUUAAAAUCAAUU